AUGCGCAUCUUGCAGAGGUGGGAUGAUGAUCGCACGAAUAAAGCUAGUCGAGCGAGUCGCCGAGUUGGAUUGAGAAUGCGAAGGACCGUCACGGUCCGAGGCCAAAAUCGAGCGGCGACUCGGGACUUUAUGUUUCAACGUGCGCAACGUAGGAUGGAGUUCGAGUAA